AAACUUAUCGUGCGGAAAUGUAAUCUAUUUUAUGAAUAUUCGAUGGAUCCACCAAGACUUGACAAAACAAAAUGAAGGUAGACCAUUUGCUCCGUUCGACCAUCAAUCAGAUCCGUAGAACUUAUUUACAUCGAUUUCAAAGAGCAAAUACGUCUUAUAUCUCAACUUUCCAAUUCUGUAGGCAAGAAUUGGCUUUGGCAUGUUCGUCUAUAAUGUUGUAAUAGAAAUAUCUGGUGUUCCGAACAGUUUCCUGUUCCCAGAGGUGGCUAAUUCAUCUGUAAUGUUAUUGCCAGUCCCCUUUUAGAAAAAAGUUGGUGUAAAAAUUUAUUGCAUAAAGAAAAGAACAGAAAUCUUGUUGUAUUGAGUGAAACCAGAAAUUAGUGCAAAAUGUCUGAAAAUACCAAAUAGGAAUUUAAGAAAAAACAACAACAACAACAACACACAAAAAAAGAAAAUGUGAAAAUUUUAUAAAAAUAGAAUUCGCUUAACGGAACGAAUAAAAACGAGAAAAGUAUAAAAAAAAACACACACCAAAUUUUAAAUGCGAAAACACACAAAACAACAACAAAAAACCAGAGGAAAAAGAAAAUUAAACAAAAAAAAAAAUAUUGUAUUGAAAAGAAAAAAGUAUUGAAAUAAAGAAAAUGUGAAAAGUUAAAAUAAAAGAAAAUUUGCAACUCGAAUAAAAGAGCUUUAAGAAAAAAAGAAAAUUUUAAUUAAAUUAAAGUAAGAAAAAUAUACAAAAAAUAAUUUUAAAAUUGAAUUUUUAAAAAAAUAUUCAAACAACAUGCAGUCCUCGAGCAGUAAUACUAAAACCUCUAGCAAUAAGUUACAAAUAAAUCCCAGCAAAACUUCUAGUGUUAAGACCAAGUCUACCACAGUUUUAAAUCUCAAUAAUACAGCGGCUACCAAGGAUUUAGAAACUUCUUUGGAAAUAGAGAAAAUCUCCAAAAAGAUAUCCGAACAUGCAGAUGCUUUAUACAGAACCUGGAAAAGUCAUGGUUUGGCUCCUACUGAAAUAUUGGAUUUAUAUAAUGUGGAGACGGGGGUGGCAGCUGGCGCCAUAGUUGAUGAUAAAAAUACCGAAGAUUUACAGAAAUUGGUGAAUACUUUUGUUAAUAAAGACAAAGAGCAAAGGGGUGUUAAAGUGUCAACAAACAAAACCAAAUUGGGCGGAUCGACAACAGCAACAACAACUAAAGGGGAACCCAAAAUUAUAGAGCAUAAAAUAAACACCACGGGGAUUAAUAGUACUAACAAGCUGGCAACACCUUUAACUACAGGUCUUAGUAGUGUAACAGCGCCCCAGUUGAAAACAAACAAUAUUUUAACGGAAACGGGUCUAAUAAAGAAAACUACACAGUCCCCUAUUAAAACUCCCAGUUUUUUAAUGAAAAACUCGCCAGGCACAGAUGUCAAUGAUAGCCCCAACUCCCCCAAAAUAACAAAAUUGAAAACCAGUAAACAAAACAUAUCAGGAACCUCCUCAGCACUAAGUGAACAAACACCAAAAUCCCCCUCUUUUGCUAAGACGAAAACCAACACCACCACAACACCCAGCAAACCAUUAGAUAUUGAUAUAGAUUUCAAUUUAGAUUUGGAUCUAAAUUUAGAUGUACACAAGCUAAGUCAACAGCAAAGUCAAAAUUUACAAAAAAUCAAAGAACUAUUAAACAAAGAACCCACAAAAACUAUCAGCAAAAUACCGGGUAUUUUAGGGGACUCUACGCCCUCGACGAAGGCAACGAAAGAGGUGAAAGUAAAGAAAUCUUUAAGCGAGCAAAAACAUAAACAAAAUGAAGAAACGCCGGUACAAAAGAAAUCCACAAAUGAAACACAGCAGGCCGUCAGCAAAAAACUUGGCAACAAAGUGAAAACGUCUGAUUCCACAUCGAUCACUAAAGCACAUGAUCUGCAACAAUCAAUUGCAGUGAAAGAGGAAAAAUCAAAAAUUCACGAUAACAAUAGAGACGGCAAUAUUGUCACCACGUCCCCAACAACCACAACAACAGCAAUAACACAGCCCCAAAUCAAUAAAAAACGCACAAAUUUAACAAACGCCACCAACAGCGACAUUAGCGGCAGCAGCAGUGGCAAGAACAACAGUAGCGCCAUUAGCGGCACAACCCCUAUCAUUACUAACGGCAAUCUAACAGCAUCGUCUCUCUUAGAAGAACUAAAGCAAACAACUAGCAACACUAACGGCGGCAUUACCAACGAUAUAUUACCAACAGCCAUUAUAAAAACAGCGAAAGUUUCCACAAAAACUAUUAAGGCUCCCAAAAUAAAAGAAAAAUCCUCCACAAAAUUAGAAACCAACAACAAGGAACUAACAACAGCUAAGAUCAACAACGGUCAAAUAGUAGAAGAACCUCAGCAACACCAACAACAACAACAACCAACGCAGCAGCAGCAAAAAUCCUCAACUAUAGACGUUAGUGCAGUAAGCGAUAGUCAUCAAAAUAUGGAAACACUACGCAGUGUUAGUAAUAGUAGUACAACCAUGCCAACACCCACGAAAUUGAAAUCGAAAAAUUCCCUCAGCAAUGGUCAAGAAAAAUCUUUACGCAGUCCAUUUUUAACGCGUGGUUCUGUGGCGGAACGUGUUAUGAUUUUUGAAAAAUGUCCAGAUGUGCGCAAUUCAUUUUUAAAUAUUAAACGUCCCGAUCGUGCAGAUGCUCCUCCCAGAUCUUUACUUAAGGUAAAAUUACAUGCCACGCCCCCACCGCCAGCCGAACAGAACUCAAUUCAAAGGGAAUUGAAAAAUACCAAAAGUGUUUAUAUACCCAGAUUUUAUUUUCCCCAUGGCAAACCCCAACCCACAAUUGCACUGGAACGUACUUUACGUGGUAUUCUGUCAGCUUUCGAUACAUUUCCCAAUAAUCAGGUGACCAAAGAUGAAUUGCCGCGUAUAUUGAAAAUCUGUGGUCUACCUUUUUACUGGCGCAUGCCGGUAAUGGUAUUUUGUCAGCAACAUAAUUCGGGUCUGGUGGAACGGCAAAGAUUUGUGGAAUUUUGGAAACAAAUGAAUGUCUAUUGCCAUGAUGAUGCCUCUCGUUUUGUGUACAUUUUAUCGCGAGGUCAACGUAUGCGUUCCUAUAUACUGCCCGAAGAUUUGGCGCCCUUAGUGCAAGACGUUGUUGAUACACAUCCGGGUUUGGCGUUUCUCAAAGAGGCCACCGAAUUUCAUUCCAGAUAUGUACACACCGUUAUAGCACGAAUAUUCUAUUCGGUUAAUCGCAGUUGGUCGGGUAAAAUUUCUAUAUCCGAAUUGAAAAAGUCGGAUUUAUUGGAGAUUGUUACCCUGCUGGAGGAAGAGGAUGACAUCAAUCAGAUCAUGGCCUUUUUCAGUUAUGAACAUUUCUAUGUGAUCUAUUGUAAAUUUUGGGAAUUGGAUAAAGAUCAUGAUUUGCUUAUAAAUCAAGAUGAUUUGGCGCGUCAUAGUGAUCAUGCUCUAUCUACACGUAUUGUUGAACGUAUAUUUUCGGGUUGUGUGACACGUUCGGAUAAUAAAAAACAUCCCGAUGAUGAACCCAAAAUGUCCUAUACAGAUUUUGUUUGGUUUCUAUUGUCUGAAGAGGAUAAACGCACACCUACCGCUAUUGAGUAUUGGUUCCGUUGUAUGGAUAUUGAUGGUGAUGGUCUGUUGUCUAUGUACGAGUUAGAAUAUUUUUAUGAGGAACAACAACAGCGUAUGGAAUCGAUUGGCAUUGAAUCGUUGCCAUUUGAGGAUUGUCUGUGUCAGAUGUUAGACAUGAUAAAACCAAAACGUCGAGAUGCUGUCACUUUGAGUGACUUAAAGAAUUGCAAAAUGACACAUGUAUUCUUUGACACAUUUUUCAAUUUGGAAAAAUACUUAGAUCAUGAACAACGUGAUCCAUUUGCCUCACAAAGAGAUGAAUAUGCCAGCGACUGGGAUCGUUUUGCUGCCCAAGAAUAUGAACUCUUAAUAACCGAAGAAAAUGAGUGAUUAAAGCCCUUAAGUGCCCUCCUAAUUAUAUAUUUUUAAUAUAUUUAUUAUAAACAAAUUUUUAUACCUUUUUAAUUAAAAAAACAACUAUAUUAUUUUUUGCUCUUAGAAUUUAUAGUUCAAAAAUGGAUUUUUUUUUAAAUUUUGUUGUUAAAGCAAAAAAAAUAUUUUAAAACAAAAUACUAUUUAGUUGGAAUUUUAGUUAAAUACCUUUUAAAAAAAUUAACUUGUUAUUUAAUUUUUUCAUAAUUUUUUGUUCAUUUUUUUUUUUGUUUUCCUUUAAAGUUUUAUAUUUUUAAUUACUGGCGAAAACAAAACCAAACCUGUAAAAUUCCCUUUUAUUUAAGUUUAAAACGAACAAUUUUUUGGAAAUUUAUUUUCAAAAUUUGGGUUUAUAAAAUUAAAUUAUUUUUAAUAAAAAAAAAAACAACUAUUUAAAUGCAUAUUUAUAUUUAAAGAAAAAAACUAAAAAUAAAGAUAAAACAAACC